GAACUACGCUGCCUACGAGAUGGGUCAAGAGAUAAGAGUGAAUUUUGGUGGAUCUUCUUCUGGCAGUAGUGGGAGUGGUUCAACACCAGCCUCUGGAUCGACUGGAGAAAACUCUACUAGUGCGUCGAAUGACACCAACAGUUCAAACGAUACUACUUCUUCGUCGAGUCAAGUUGCCACGACUUCUUCAGGCUUAUUAUCCUCUUCUGGUACGAAUGUAACCUCCAGUACCACUUCAAGCAGUGCUUCCGCAGCUUUGUCUCUUCCCUGUUGUGGCGAAUACCUAGGUGAGAUGCAGGCUUCGCGCAUCUACAGCUACUCGUUUUCGGAACGAGUUCGCGCGGAGCUGAUAGCAGGAGAA